AGCAGUUAACUACCCGGAAUCUAGUUCUUUCAAGAUAUUAUCUUUCACAACUAAAAGAGGUACAGAAAACAGGAUUCAAAGGCUGCACUUUAGAAACAGAGUUUAUGUUAAUGAAAUGAGGUCUGUAUCAAAAAUGUGCAGCACAAAAUGGCAUGAUAAAUACCUAGUAGAAAUGGGAGGCUUCUAACUAUUGGCUAAAAUGGAACACAAUGUGACAGUGCAGGACUAACAUGGGAACAAGUGCUUCAUUCUCUAUAUGUCAGUCAUUAUCUGCAGUGAAAAUUAUUGGAAACACAAGCAAAGUCAGUCCAGAAACGCAUCAAAAACAAACCGCUAAAAAGAUCUUUGGUGUUCCACUUGAAACUCUAGAACAAGAAGGGCAAAUGCAAGAUGAUAUUCCUUUCAUCGUACACGAUAUAACAGAGUACUUGAAUGAAUUUGGUCUGAAACAACAAGGCCUAUUUCGUGUCAGUGGUUCCGUGAAUAAAGUAAAACAUUUGAAAGAGAAGUAUGACCAAGGAAAUCAAGUGAAUCUGACAAAGGAUGGAGAACCUGAGUCUGCCGCUAGUCUGCUUAAACUCUUUCUUCGGGAACUGCCAAAGGCUGUCAUUCCAGAUAAUGUUCAUGAUAACAUCAUUAGAACUUUUCAAGACAACCGAAAUGAUACUGAAGAAUGCUGUCAACAGAUAAAGCAAUCACUUGGAUGCCUCCCUCAUGUUCAUUAUAGUUUACUAGAGUACCUCUGUAAGUUUCUUCUAAAGGUGUCCUCCUACAGCGACUACAACAGUAUGACCCUGGAAAACCUAGCUAAAGUGUUUGGACCUAGCAUAUUUUUUGUACCUAUUAGCCCCAAGAGUCAAGAAGAACAAAUGCUCUGCAAUGCUUUGUUACUCCAUAUCCUUCAACACACUGAAAUCUUUUUUUCUGAACCAGAUGGCAAUAAACUUCAGUUAGUACAGGAGGUCAUCCCUGAGCCUCAGGAUGAGAAUCUUAUCCUUGGCUCAGAAGCAUCAUCAGUGCAGACCUCCAGUAAUGACAGAAUGUCUCCUACAACAGAGGUGUUAAUGGCUGACACUUAUAUUAAUGCUGAAAGAACUGCAGAAGACAUUGAUUCAUUAUCAUUUGAGGAGAAUGCCAUUUACCAACACGAUACACAAAGUAUAGAAAGCCUUGGCACAAGACCUCGCCCACUGCUGUCUGCAAGGGAACGUCGCCGUCUGUUAAAACAGCAGGAGGAUUUCUGUAGGCAUCAGACUAUGGAUGAUACAAACAAGGAAAACUACCCCUGCAGUGUUCUUUCAAGUGAAGAAACCCAAAUGCCUUUUUUAGAGAACUCUCUGCACCAUGUAGAAAAGAAAAUGUUAGAUAAUAAAGACACCUUUGCUUUGUACAGUGUGGUCCAAAAGAUACCUAAAGCAGGAUCUCAUGCUGAAAAAGAGCAGAUCCAGAUCCAAGAUGGACACCAGGAGAUGGAAAAUAUCAUGUCCGCCUUGACAGAAACUCAUCAUAAGUUAGACUGGACAGCAACAGAGAUGAAACAGCUUCAGUUGUCUCAUGGUAUAGAAAGUAAGGAGUCACUCAGAAGAAAAGGUAACACGAAACUACUCUACCAGAAAGAAGUCAAAGAUCAAGUACACAAGCCUGGUGUGGAAGACCGGUCACAGGUACAGGGAUGCAAGGAUCCUGUCUCUCAGGUCAGUCGUGGAGGAGGACCGAAUGAUGAGGCAAAUGCAGGAGAACAUUGCCACUUCAUUUUUCCCAUUAUUGAUUUCAAAUCCAUGCAUCAGCAGAGAGAUUGUGAUGAGCCAGUCCCAGCCAUCAAAGCAUGGCAGGAAGAGCCUAGUCCCAAAACGGAAACACUCCAGUCCACAGGAACCAACAUUCUCCUGCAUCACAUCACAGAUGGAGACAAACCCCUUCCUUCACCACGCUGUUCCAGCUUUAGCCAAAGUCAGAGGUUCAAUUCAGACCCAGAAUCUGCACCUUCUCCGCCAAGUACUCAGCAGUUUGUGAUGUCCAGAAGUCCUUCCCGAGGAAACACUGAAAAUGACAAAGGUUUAUCCACAGUAAUGCAAUUAACUAAACAUAUUCAAAACCUGAAAAGGAAAAUCAGAAAAUAUGAAGAAAAGUUUGAACAUGAAAAGAAAUACAAGCCGUCAUACACUGACAAAGUUUCUAAUCCUGAGGUCCUGAAAUGGAUGAAUGACCUUGCUAAGGGGCGUAAGCAUUUAAAAGAACUCAAGUUAAAAAUGUCUGAUGCAGAAAACAGCACAGUAAAACCUGCAUCCUGUACUGAGCAGCCUGCAGUGUUGGAAACUUUCAGCGAUGCAGAACAGCAGCAUUUGGCAGACACACAGCACAUGCCAUCAGUAGCAGAAACAGCUGAAACUGUGAUGAAACGGUUUAGAGAGAAACGACAACUGCUUGGACUACCAGAAAGUUUUAAGGAGAUGACGCACAAGCAACUGGCUUUAGAGAAAGUGAUCCUUCAGAAAUCACUGUUGUACUUUGAAAGCAUUCAUGGACGGCCGGCAACAAAGAAUGAAAGAUACCUUAUGAAGCCGCUGUAUGAUAGAUAUCGAAUCAUCAAACAACUUCUAAUGACAUCACCAUCAAUUCCAACUAUUGAGGAAGAAGAGGGGUCAGAUGAAGAGAUCAUGCAAGGAAGUCCUGAAAUGCCUUCAACAGCAUGCUCUGCGAUUUCAUUCGAUGACUAUUUAUGCACCAUGCAGGAGGACAGUGAGCCAGCAUUUGUCUCACCCUUAGAAGAAAAGAAAGAUAUAAAGCAGCCAGCUCUUUCCAUGUCUAAUCUGCAUGAGGCUUCAAUGACUGAACUGCUAGAGCACCUUAGACAAACACGAGCUGAUAAGAAACGACUUCGUAAGGCUUUACGAGAAUUUGAGGAGCAGUUCCUGAAGCAAACAGGAAGGAGUGCACAAAAAGAAGAUCGGAUUCCAAUGGCAGAGGAAUAUUAUGAAUACAAAAACAUCAAAGCCAAGCUGCGAUUACUAGAAGUCCUAAUCAGCAAGCAAGAUGUUGCUAAAACAAUCUGACUUUCCAAUAUUAACAGUUUUAACUGUUACAUGAAAAGUGUACAGGAAAAAUAUCAAAAGCACUGAACAUUCUACAUAAAUUUCUUCAGAGAAAGACGUCCUUCUUGGUGCACUUUAUCACAUUAUGCAGGGUAAGGAAAGAUGACAAGACAUUUAAAGGUUGCUGGGCAACAAGGAUAAUGAUGUCACUUUUUUGACAAAUUUCAACAUGCACUGUGAUUGUUUUUGAUUACCUCUACAUGUUUCAUUUAAAUGUGAACAUACUUCAGUUAAUCAUUUCACAUGUAUAAAUGAUUUUUGCUUGGACUAAAUAAUGUAUAAGGAUUUAGCACUUUACUUGUGGGUGAUGGUAAAACAUUUCUGACUGUUUCAGUACAACCAAAGCCCAUUAAAAUGAUGCACUUUUGGCAUUUAGCCACUAAUAGUUUUGUAGUGCUGAAUGUCUAUAACUGGUGUACUUAUUUGUUUUAGUGAAUGUUUUAUUGGUUUAUGGGCUUAUAACUGGAAACAUCGUAUACCACAUGUUGGUAUAUCAGUGUUUACACUUUAUUUUUUACUUCAUGUAUUUUUUUCUUCAAUGAUUAACCAUACAUAUCCCACUGACAGAGAUGCUCACAAUGUCACUAUCCCAAAGUAUACAGAGUUUCUCAUGAUACUAACAUAGGAAUUUAAUAAGAGCAUUAUGAAAUCUUAUGAUACUUGACAGUUGCAGAGAGAGCACUAAGACUACUCACAGUGAGUGCACACAAGUCAGUCAUAAUUUAUUUAAUUCUCCUUUAUAACAUACUCAAAGUACAAUUUUUUCUACUGGCUGUUUACAGGAAAUACAUUUAAAGGUGGAGGCUGCAUUUUUCUGAAAAAGCUGAUGCUGCCUUAUUUUUAUAGUCUUGUUUAAGAAUGGUUGUUAGCAGGUAUGGGAAAAACUAUGUAAGAACAGAAAUAACUUGAUCAUGUUGGGAGAACUUUUUUAGAUAGCAGUAAAAAUGCGGGUCUCAGUAAAGGAAAAAUUAGAUACGAAAUAAGAUUGCAUUAUUUAUUUAUUAUUUUAUUUACUUAUUUAACAUUUGUUGACUGGGAAAUUCCAACUAAGAUAGAGCCU